AUGAUGGCGGACAGCGCGAGUGAAUUGGAGAGUGAUACGAGCUCUCUAGAUGGAGCUGGCGGUAGCGGUAGCGGUAGUUCGAGUAUGCAGCCACCGUCGCCAGCUCAGGUCGAGCAAUUGCUCACAAAACGAAUUGACUCUCUACAGCAGGAGAAUAAGGUCCUUAAAGUUGAGUUGGAGACGUACAAACUCAAGUGUAAAACCCUACAGGAGGAGAAUCGAGAAUUGCGAAAGGCCAGUGUAAGCAUUCAAGCUCGUGCUGAACAAGAAGAGGAGUUUAUCUGCAACACAUUACUGAAGAAGAUUCAAUCAUUGAGAAAAGAGAAAGAAGCUUUGGCAAUGAACUAUGAACAAGAAGAGGAGUACUUAACCAAUGAUCUCUCCAGAAAACUUAUGCAGUUACGCCAAGAAAAGGUGGAAUUAGAACAGACAUUGGAGAAAGAACAAGAGUAUCAAGUAAAUAAAUUGAUGAGAAAGAUAGAAAAAUUAGAAGCUGAUACAUUGGCAAAACAAGCAACACUGGAACAGUUGCGAAGAGAGAAAGUUGAAUUGGAAAAUGCCCUUGAACAAGAACAAGAAUCACUGGUGAAUAGGCUGUGGAAACGAAUGGAUAAAUUAGAAGCAGAGAAAAGGAUGUUACAAGAGAAACUUGAUCAACCUGUGUCAUCUCCACCUUCUCCACGUGAUAUGAACAAUGGUGAUACAGCACAUAACCUUGCCCAGCACAUAGAACACCUUCGGGCUGAGGUAGCCCGACUGAAACAGCAACUUCAAGCUGCCCAAGCAGAACAUGAAGAAAAAAUGGCUCAAUAUGCACAGGAAGAGAGACAAAUCAGGGAAGAAAAUCUUCGAUUGCAGCGCAAGCUUCAGAUGGAGAUGGAACGAAGAGAAAGUCUUUGUAGGCAUCUUUCUGAAAGUGAAUCCAGUCUUGAAAUGGAUGAUGAAAGACAUUUUAAUGAAAUGACAAAGCAAUAUGAUAUGUCAAGUAGCCAUACAGUCCGUCCACGAACAGUGUCCAGUCCAAUACCAUAUGCCUCACCAAAUACAUCCCGACCACUGUCUCCUGCUUUCAGCCCACCAAGUCCAAUGAGGCGGAAUACACCAGGGAGCCAGCCAUCAUUCUAUACAUCUACAUUUCUUCCAGGGACCUCUCCUCCCGUUUUCACACACAGUCCAAAUGUUACAGUAAGUAACUCUCCUGAGGACCAGUCGUCUUUCUACCCACCUACCUUUCUUCUGGGGAGCUCUCCCCCUGUCUUCGCCUCAGAUCUCACGAAACCUAGGCCCAGUCCAGAGAAAUUUGUACGGCCAGGGAAUGUACCCCAGGAUAAAACUUGA